AUGCCUGGAAUCGGCAAAACCGAUCUCGCCAAUAAACUCUUCGUCAAGCUUCAGACAAAGAUCCUUCGUCACGUGUUUAUCGAGUUCGACAGUCAGAAACCGAAGGAUUAUGAAUCAGAUUGGUUGCAGAUGGAAGAUUAUCCAGAUUUAAGUUUCGAAGAUGUGAAUGCACUUGAUGUUUGGAAAAAUCUUCUAGGCGAGAAGAAAGUCGUGAUUGUUUUCGAUAACGUGAGGGACAAGAAACAGAUGGAACCGCUUCUUGGGAACUGUGACUGGAUUAAGAAAGGGAGCAGGAUCAUCAUCACGACACGGGACAAGUCAUUGAUCGAGGGAUUAUUCAAGUCAUUGACCGAGGGAUUAGUCUGUGAUAUCUAUGAGGUUCCCGGGUUGAACGAGAGAGAGGGCUUAGAGCUCUUUACGGCUCAAAUAUGUCGUAAUCUUGAGGGAAACUUCAUGGAGAUGUCUAGAAAGUUUUUGGAUUAUGCAGGAGGUAAUCCAUUAGCUCUCUUGGCAUUUGGCGAGGAGCUUAAGGAGAAAGAGGAAGGUCAAUGGAAAGCAAGACUUGGAACACUGACAAAAGUUUCCAAUGAGGAGAUACGAAGAGUCUUGAGGAACAGUUUUGAAAAUGAUUUGGAUGAGAAGCAGAAGGAUGCGAUUCUUGAUAUAGUCUGUUUCUUUAGAUCAGAGAAUGAGAACUGUGUAACAAGUUUACUUGAUUCUGUUGACCCUCAUGAGUCUGUUGAAGCUGGAAGAGAAGUAAGAGAUCUCGUUGACAAGUUCUUCAUUCACGUCUCUAAUGGUCGAGUAGAGAUGCAUGAACUACUGUUUACAAUGGGUAAGGAACUUGUUGAAGCUACUACCUGGAAAUAUUGUAUGUCUACUAAUGCGCUGAGAAACAAAGAGGGAAGAGAGAUGGUUAGAGGAAUUGCCUUAGACAUGACUAAAAUGGAGGAAAUGCCUUUAGACAACCAAGCCUUCAUCGGUAUGUGCAAUCUACGAUACUUGAAAGUGUACAAUUCUCUCUGUUCUAGGAAUUGUGAAGCUAAGUGCAAGUUAAACUUACCGGAUGGACUUGAGUUCCCAAAAGAUAAUAUUAUCCGGUAUCUUCACUGGGUACACUUCCCAGAACAAGAACUUCCAUCAGACUUUGAACCCAAGAAUCUUAUUGAUCUUAGAUUGCCUUACAGCAAGAUUACUAGACUGUGGAGCGGUGUUAAGGUUACACCAAAUCUGAAGUGGGUUGAUCUUAGUCAUUCAAGUAAGUUGAGUUCCUUGUCUGGUUUAUCAAAAGCAUCAAGUCUUUUGAGAUUAAACCUCGAAGGAUGCACGAGUUUGAAGGAGUUACCUUCGGAGAUGAAAGAGAUGACAAGUCUAGUUUUCCUUAACCUAAGAGGAUGCACAAGUCUCUUGUCUUUACCAAAGAUCACUAUGGAUUCCCUGAAGACUCUCAUUCUCAGUGGUUGCUCAAGUCUUCAGACAUUUGAGGUGAUUUCAGAUAACCUAGAAACUCUGUACUUAAACAACACUGCAAUAGGUGGACUUCCUCAAGCCAUUGGUGAUCUCCAAGGGCUUAACUUCUUAAAUCUUAAAGACUGCAAAAAUCUGGCGACUCUUCCUGAUUGUCUUUGGAAGAUGAAAUCUCUUCAAGAACUCAAAAUCUCUAAUUGUCCAAAGCUCAAGAUGAUCCCUGAUGUUAAGGAGAUCAUGGAAAGUUUGCGGGUUUUACUUCUUGAUGGAACAUCAAUAACAGAGAUACCAAGAAACAUUUCGGGCUUAUCUUUUCUGCGGCAUCUAUGCUUAAGUAGAAAUGAUGAAAUAUGCACCCUACAAUUUGACAUGGGUCAAAUGUUCCAUCUGAAGUGGUUCGAGUUGAAGUAUUGCAUGAAUCUCACAUCUCUUCCAAGUCUUCCACCGAAUCUCCAGAGCUUAAAUGCACAUGGUUGUACAUCACUAAGAACAGUUACAAGUCCACUAGCCCUUCUUAUGCCAACCGAGCAGAUGCAUUCCACCUUCAUUUUCACUAACUGUCAAGAACUGGAACAAGUCUCAAAGAAUGCUAUCAUAUCUUAUGUUCAGAAGAAAAGCGCAUUAAUGUCAAAUGAUCGAUAUAAUAAGGAUUUUGUUUUUAAAUCAUUGAUCGGUACUUGCUUUCCUGGAUGUGAAGUACCUGCAUGGUUUGACCACCAAGCAUUGGGAUCUCUCUUAAAGCUGGAGCUGCCUCGAGAGUGGAAUGAGGGUAGAUUUAUUAGAAUAGCUCUGUGUGUUGUAGUCUCGUUUAAGGAGUACAAAGACCAACACAACAGUCUCCAAGUAAAAUGUACUUGUGAGUUCACUAAUGUUUCCUUGAGCCCCGGAAGUUUCAUUGUUGGUGGUUGGUCCGAACAAGGGGAUGAGCCACAUACGAUUAAGUCAGACCAUGUCUUCACUGGCUACACCUCUUGGUUCGAUCUCAAGAAACGUCAACAUUUUUUAUCAGCUCAUGAAGUUUCCUUAAGAUUUGAAGUGACAAAUGGUACAAGUGAGGUUGCAGAAUGCGAGGUGAUGAAGUGUGGCUUCUCUUUGGUCCAUGAGCCUGAUGAAGCUGAGAGCACAUCUUGGGAGGCAAAUCCAAGUAUGCAGAACAAUAGACAUGACCAAAGAAGCUCUUAUAUAACUGCAGAGGAUGAUGCUGAUUGCCCCAAUGUAACUCCAACAUCGGAACUUAACAGGGUGGAUAGUUUUCUCAGUUUCUUUGGUAUUAAACCUAAGACUAGAGAUCUGGUUAUUCAAAAUGAGGGAGAAAAUUUAGGUAUUGAGCCUAACCGCAAUGCAACUUGA